CGUCCGCCUGCGCCGAUGUUCCCGCACACCUACCCUACCGGAGAAAAACACCAAAAGUGCCAGUGCUCUCUCGGGUCGACCAUGGACUAUUCCACCGCCGUGGCUAUCCGUAAUCGUACAGUCGAAUACGUGCCAGCUCCCUGAUACUCUUCACGGGCUGUCCAUAGAUAGUGCGCUUACACCUGUUGUCAGUGCGAAAACAAAGCCCAAAGUGCUCAUCAUCGUUUCAUGGGGGCAAAAAAUCGGCAAGGAGUAUCGGUGCCGACACGUGGUUCCUCGUCGUCCCGAGGUGGAUGAGCGACCGUCCAUUGAGAACCCCUGGCGAGCAACAAGUGUAGCACCUAUGCGUAUUUAUACGUAUAGAGGUAUAUACCACUCGCGCCCAACAGCACAUACAUAACAUAGGCGUCGAUUCCCACGACGAUCUCCCAAAGCACCGCUCGAAGCCUCCCGAAAGCAACGAUGGGCACAACGAGUCUCUGCUGCGCGGAGACCCUCAAGCGCCUCGGCCGCCGGCGCAACCAGGUGCGGCCCACGACCCAACCAGCCGACCUGGCGGGCCGGGAGUUCUUCGAGGUGACCCCCCGGCGCGUCCUCCACGUCCUGCGCCCGGAGCCCAAGAGCGAGCGCUUCUACGAGCCACCGGCGGCCGACCGGCCCGAGUCCAUAAACGACAACUUCUUCGCGCGCUGGGCUCGCCGGCCGCACCCCUCGGGGGACUGCCGGUGCUCGUUCAGGAACAGCAGCAGGCGGAGCACGCGCGGCGAGGCGGCCAUCUCGCGGGAACUGCAGAGGAUCCGGGCGAGCUUGUGCGAGGCAGAGGAACGCGGUCGGGGGCUGGAGGAGGUCGAGGAGGGCCUGGCGGUCGACCUGAGCCAACUGGGGGAAGCCGAGGUGGUGCCGGGGUUGGAACCUACGGACGAGGAGGCGAGGCAGAGGGUCGUCAGGGGCCUGAACAGGUACAUCAGCGAUCUACUGGACGAGAUUCUGGAUGACACCAUAAGGGCUAUAGCCGAGGCUCCGGAGGAUCCCUUUGGGCGUCGGGCGACGACUUUCGACAUCAAGUUCUCGUUCCAUAGUAACGAGGACGGGGACGAGGCUGGGAAGAGUGGGGCGGGGGUUGGCGAGGAGAAGGGUUACGUGAACCAGGGCUUCGUGGGCACGGUUGGGGAUCCUGACACUCUGGAUUUCCAUCUUCGUCGGGAUCGGGCUUUGGAGAGGGUCGACUGCACGGAUUCGGGUAUCAACAGCGUGGAAACUGUGGAGCUACAGGCAGAGCAGGAGCAGAACUUGGAGCAGUCGCUGAUGGAUAUUAUCGACGCGAAGCUCGGGGGAUCCUCGAUCGGGAAGUCCCUGGAGAACCUUGGGAUGGAGAUGGACUCCACGGGCGACUGUGCGGAGGCGACCAAAAACGAAGAUUCCACCGUCGCCGAAUCGAGUCAAGAAUCAAAAUUUGGGGUUGGACCAGCCGUAGAAGAGAAAACGACAGCUAAAGAGGAGAGCAAACAAGAAGCCAUAGAAAAGACUCCCGAAAUUACACCUCAUCGGCCUCAAUCGAUCACUUCCUCGGAGCGCGCAUCGAAAUCCCUCGACGACGUGAUCGAAGAGCCGAUCUUCAACAGCUUGCGCCUCGAGUUCAAACCAUCCAGCAGCUCUCCCAAAAACCCCAUACCCAAAGUCCGUCGGAGGGUCACCUCGAGGUUCCACAAGACACUCACCAUGAUCCACCGCAGGCUGCUCCGGAGGUUCAACGCAAACCGUCGCAAGCGCGACACCACCACGACCACCGCUACUAACAACAAUAACAACAACAGCAUCAACAACAAUAACAACAACAACAACAAUGACUCGUUAAACAAAUCCCACAAGUCCAGCCCAUCGUCCUCCUUCAAACACCCGUCGAGCGCUCGAACGCAGCUCCGACCGGACGACCUACACCGGCGACGCUUCCCCGUGCCACCUCCACGCCGGCCGGACAGCACCGAUGGCGAGGUCACGCUGCGCCGUCGCAACCGCAAACCAACGAUCGUCUUCCUCCACGGCUUCGGCUCGUCGGCCGAUGCGUUCGCGAGCCAGCUAAGUUACUUCGCCGAGCUGGGCUACCCUUGCCUGGCCCCAGACAUGCUGGGCCACGGUUUCAGCUCGGCGCCGAGGCGGGCCUCCGAUUACCACUUUGACAAGCUACUCGGGGAUCUCGAGGCUCUACUGCUCCACCACGCGUUUAAACCCGGCAAGAAGUGCGUCAUCGUUGCUCACAACUACGGCUGCAGCUUCGCCACGGCUCUGUCCCAAAAAUACGCGUCGAACGUACACCAGCUGGUGCUUAUCGCGGGUGGAGGCCCCAUACCCCUGGCACCACCCCCUCCCCGGGAAGGCCCGGGUCACUGCUGUCUCCGCUUCUUCCUGACGCCGUUUCUGGUCUGUGGGAUGAGCCGCGGCUUCAUGUACUCGGCACGCGGCAGACAACACCCGUACUGCGGUCCCGAAGAAGCGCCCUGGGCCUCGACGCAUAUGCGCCACGUGUUGCGCGGGAUGUCCUGGCCAGAGGGUGACCACGUGUUUUUGCGACGAAUCUGCACGCCUACGCUUUUGGUGCACGGACUGAGGGACUCUAAGGUCUCGCUCGUGCAGGAGUGCCAGAUGGAACGGACAAUAGGAAAAGCUGUACUGGAGGCGAUUCCAACUGCAGGCCACGUACCAAUGAUCGAUUGUCCGGAUCAGUUGAAUCACAUGAUCCACUGUUUCAUCGACUUGUGGAAAAAUAAAAAGUGGUGAGCUAGAAAGUAUUCACCGAGCAGAGA